GUUUUAUUCAAACAUCAUAUAACAUUUAACAAUUAAAAGUAAAACAAAACAAAAACCAAUUGAUGAUAUUCGAUAGGACAGAAGUAUUCACCAGAAAACGGCAGUCUCAGGCGGCUGCCGGCCACUCGCCCUUUUCUCUCCUUUAAUUCUUCCCUUUUUCCACCUUCCUUUCUCAUCUCUUCUUUGUUGAGCUGAAGCCAUGGCUGCUCCCAUUGAAGUCGAUGAGUGUCGUGGUGUUCUCCGCGUUUACAGCGAUGGCUCGAUAGUCCGUUCUUCCAAUCCAAGCUUCAGUGUCCCUGUCCUCGACGACGGUUCCGUUCUAUGGAAAGACCUUCUCUUUGACCCCAUCCACAACCUGCACCUCCGUCUCUACAAACCUGCCCACAUUUCUUCUCCCAAGCUUCCCGUCUUUUUCUACAUCCACGGUGGCGGCUUCUGCAUCGGCUCCCGCACCUGGCCCAAUUGCCAAAAUUACUGCUUCCGCCUUGCCUCCGAGCUUUCUGCUCUCGUCAUCUCCCCUGACUACCGUCUCGCUCCGGAAAAUCGCCUCCCGGCUGCCAUUGAUGACGGUUUCGCGGCUCUUCGGUGGCUUCAAGCCCAAGCUGAAUCAGACCACCCUGAUCCCUGGCUGGCCGAAGUGGCCGAUUUCAGCACAGUUUUCAUCAGCGGUGACUCCGCCGGUGGAAACAUCGCUCAUCAUCUUGCGGUGGGACUUGGCGUAGGUUCGCCUGAGUUGGCGCCAGUUCAAGUGAGAGGUUACGUUCUCCUGGGGCCAUUCUUCGGCGGAACGGUGAGGACUCGGUCCGAGGCUGAAGGCUCUAAAGAAGCAUUUCUCAAUCUGGAGCUCAUCGACAGGUUUUGGAGAUUGUCGAUCCCAAUCGGAAGCAACACUGAUCAUCCUCUUGUGAAUGUGUUCGGACCGAGAAGCCUGAACUUGGAAGCGGUGGAAAUGGAUCCGAUAGUGGUGGUGGUGGCCGGCGCCGAUUUGCUGAAAGAUCGAGCGGUGGAAUACGUAGAGGAGCUGAAAAAACAGGGGAAGAAGAUAGACUUGGUGGAGUUUGAAGAAAAACAACAUGGAUUCUUUACCAUUGAUCCAAAUUCUGAAGCUUCUAAUCAAUUAAUGCUUCUCAUCAACCAUUUUGUUGCCCAACACUCUCUCUGAUUCCUCCUCCUCCAUCCCAUUCCCAUCCCCCAAUCAAUCUGCUUAAUAAAAGUGUUUCAAUCGUAAUUCAUAUAUUCAUAAACCAUCGAACUAUGUUGGAAUUUCUUACCAACAAUACAACUCCUCCAAUUUUAUAAA